AUGGACAUUUUACAUCCACCUUCAUUAAACACAACAUCAAUUUUUAAAGAUGUACCACUCGAGAAUUUAAAUUUUAUAGAACAAUUAUGGGCAAAAUGGUACACGUACAUUGGUAAUGAUAUUGUAGCAACUGGUCUUUUAUUUUUUUUAACUCAUGAAAUAAUGUAUUUUGGUAGAUGUUUACCAUGGUUUAUAAUAGAUCAAAUUUCAUUUUUCAAUAAGUAUAAGAUCCAACCAAAUAGUUUACCAUCAAAUCAAGAACAAUGGGAAUGUUUUAAAUCAGUUUUAAAAUCUCAUUUUUUAGUUGAAGCAUUACCUAUUUGGUUAUUUCAUCCCUUGUGUGCAAAAUUAAAUAUUACUUAUGAUGUUCCUUUCCCAAAUUGGAAAAUUCAAUUAGGACAAAUAGUGUUUUUUUUCAUUUGUGAAGAUUUAUGGCAUUAUUCAUUUCAUAGAUUGUUUCAUUAUGGAUGGUUCUAUAAGAAUAUUCAUAAGAUUCAUCAUAAAUAUGCAGCUCCAUUUGGAUUAGCUGCUGAAUAUGCACAUCCAGCAGAAGUAGCAGCUUUAGGUGUAGGAACAGUGGGUUUUCCAAUCUUGUACGCUUUUGCAGCUACAAAAAAUCCAAAUUUACCAUCUAUUCAUUUAUUCACAAUUACAUGUUGGAUUAUAUUAAGAUUAUUUCAAGCAGUUGAUUCUCAUUCAGGUUAUGAUUUUCCUUGGAGUUUAAACAAACUUUUCCCACUUUGGGCAGGAGCAGCACAUCAUGAUGAGCAUCAUCAUUAUUUUAUUGGAAAUUAUGCAUCUAGUUUUACUUUUUGGGAUUGGUUAUUAAGUACUGAAUGUGGUACUUUAGCUAAACAGAGAAGGGAGAAAUUAGCAAAUUCUAGGAGUGAAGAAUUACAUAGAAAAAAUAGGUAA